AUGCAUCACGGGCAGCCGCCGAUGCCUCCAUCACGGCGACAGCAAGACUUCGCCUACCCUGGACCACCAAAUAUGCGGGGAUCCCCGUAUAUGGGCAUGGCCUACCCACCACACAUGAACGCACAUAUGCCUCCUACGUAUUCACCACAGCAGUUCCAACCUAACCAGUGGUACCCUCCUGCUGCUGCGCCAUACAAUCAUAUGCAAAUGGGCCCUCGCCACUACCCGCCGCCUACACCUUAUGGACCGAUGAUUGUGUCCUCAUACCCCCAAUCACAACCCAUUAUGGCGCCCAACCACCUUCCCCCUCACACUAUGCCAAUGCAGCCGCGAACGGCAACUCCUUUGCAGGCCAUGUCGCCGUCAAUCCAAGCACCUCCUUUCCACCCUGAAAUGCAGGACCACAACAUCAUGCCUGUCCAGCCUCAGCUUUACCCUGUCGCGUCACCGUCCCCACGAUGGGAGCCCAAGGCUGUCGCAGAGCCCAUCCUCCCAGAACCCAAGCCUGUUUUUGUUGCGCCCGUUCCAUGGUUGUCUGUUCCUGAAGUGCCUUUCCCUGCCCGAGCUGCAUCCCGGCGCUGGAAGACCCGAGUAAUGCCGAAAUCUGUCGAGUUUCCCAAGAAGGAUGGCCAGUGGAUCAUCGGUGAGAGAAAAGGAGAGAUCGAGGAAGCGAUGCUGGAAGAACCAACCCAAGCCGUCUCAGAGCCCCAGACACCCACUGGCUCCAUUCCCCAGUCUGAUACGAACUCCACCCACCCUACCACUCCUUCUUCAACCGCAAAACUUCCGUCUCAACAGAGCGAUUCACGACCUGUGAUUCCCAUUGCCCCGGUUGUUCCAUUGGUCCCGAAUGCUCCUGGAACACCGCGUCAGGGCAAAUAUAACACCAGCACUUCCUCGGAAACCCCAAAGUCGACUGCCCCCACUACUGCCGAGAAUGGGUCGGAGGCAGGUACUCCUGAAACUUCCAAGCCAGCCGGUCCGAAGUCAUGGGCUGGCUUGUUUGGCGCAAAGCUGGCCGCGCGCCAGGCUGCGCCUAAUUCGGCCGAGCCGAACCCACUGGCUAUGCAGAAGAGUGAAACACUCGCAGACGUUCUCAGCAGUCUUGGUCAAGAUGUCACCCAAUAUAGCGACAAGAUCGGUUUUAUCGAGCCUCGCGGGCUGGUCAACACCGGCAACAUGUGCUACAUGAACUCUGUCCUUCAAAUCCUCGUCUCUUGCGUGCCUUUCCAUCAGUUCCUCGACCAUGUUGGCCAUCGUGCUGCUCACAGCUUCCACAGCGACAUGCCUUUAAUCGAUGCUUUGAUCAUGUUCAUGAGAGAGUUCCGUGUCAUCGACGCUGCAACUUCGGAAGAGCAGUUGAGGAUGCGGUUGAAGCCCAAUGAGCUGGAGCAGUACGGCGAACCCUUUGUUCCUGAGUUUGUCUAUGAGAUGAUUCGACAGCUCCCUCGAUUCAGAGACAUGCGGCGUGGACACCAACAAGACGCACAAGAAUUCUUGGGCUUCCUUCUUGAGGAACUGCAUGAGGAAUGCGAACGUGCUUCCGAGCACGCGUCCAAGGUUCAGAGCGCGCAGGAUUCAGGCGAUGGCUCUGCUGAUGGAUGGCUCGAGGUUGGUCACAAGCAAAAGGCCGCUGUUACUCAAUCGUCCGGAGCUGUCUCCACCGAAUCGCCAGUAACAAGAAUUUUUGGCGGCAAGCUACGAUCCGAGUUCAAGGUCCCGGGCAAUAAGACUUCUGUCACUAUGGAGCCUUAUCAACCGUUGCAGCUGGAUAUUGGGGCACCUGAUGUGCACAACAUCAUCGAUGCUCUGAAGGGACUGACCAAGCCUGAGAGUAUCCAGGGUGACUUCAACUCGUCGCGCGGUUCCAACGUCACUGCUACCAAGCAGAUAUUUAUUGAGACAUUGCCCCCCGUGCUCAUUCUUCACCUCAAGCGCUUCCAGUAUGACAGUCUGACCGGUGCGACCCAGAAGAUUUGGAAGAAGGUUGGAUACCCACUCGAUUUGGAGAUCCCUCGCGAGGUUUUCCCUGCUCACCGACGCAAUGCCAUGACCGCCCAUGGGGGUCUUCCCAAGUAUCGCCUCAUGGGUGUUAUCUAUCAUCAUGGCAAGAACGCCAGCGGUGGCCAUUAUACAGUGGAUGCAAGGCGCCAAGACGGUCGUGAGUGGAUCCGCAUAGAUGAUACUGUGAUUCGCCGCGUUCGCAGCGAAGAUGUUGCGGAGGCAGGUGGUGAAGAAGACCCCAAGGUGCUUGCAGCAGCCCUUGAGCAACACAAGCAGGACAAAACCCCUCGCGGCAACAUCUUUGAUCACAUUGAUCAAGAUGAGAUGGACACCACCGAUAGUGAGAAGGGUUGGAGCCAGGUCAAUGGAAAUGGCACUACCGGACAUGCAAGCAAAAAGUCUGUCAACGGCGUGACCCCCUCGCCCCAAACAUCAUCCGGAAUUCGAACACCCCUUGGCAGAUAUGGCAGCCGGGACAACAAGGUUGCGUAUCUGCUGUUCUACCAGCGCAUGGCUUGA